AUGAAGGGUUCAAUAUUCUUACUCUUUAUUUUCCAAAUAUUUAAAUUUUCAUCAAGUUAUUCACAUUAUCCACAUAAAAACCAGUUUUCAUUUUAUUCACCUACAAGUUUAUCAUUUACAUCUUCAAAUUUCUCAAGUGGUAGUGGUAGUGGUAGUGGUGGUGCUAGUGGUAGUGGUGGUGGUGGUAAUAUUGGUAAUAAAUACAAUAAUGAAAAUAACAAAAUUAAUGAAGAGAUUAUUAUUUCAUGUAUAUAUGAUGACUAUUUAAAUUUUCAAUACCAAGAUUUAAGUAAGAUCAAUGGUAUUUUAAUUAAUGGUUUCAAUAAAAAUAGUACGAGUGAUAUAUUUGUUAAAAAUGUAAACUCUCAAUAUUAUGAUCAAAGUGAUAGUAGCAAUAAUUUUCAUUAUUUUGAUCAAGAGAAUAAUAAUUUAUCUCCACAAUCUCAAUUAAAUAAGGAAUGUCCAUUCAAUUUAAAGAAUCCAAUUCCAACAUUUUCAAAUUCAAGAUAUUCAAUCAAAAUUGAUAAAUCAUUUGAUGUUUCUGAUGAAAUCACUUUAGUUUCAAAAAAUAAUUUCUUAAAUUCAAAUUCUAUUUCAAAAUUAAAAUUUAAAGUUUAUAUUCCAAAUAAAAUUACCAAUAAAAUUAAAAUACAACUUAUAAAUAGUUUAACUGGAAAUAAUGGUCCUAAAAUACCAUUGUUAAACACAAUUGAAAAUAAUUAUUUAAAACCAUUCCCAUGCCAUCAAUGGUUAGAUGCAUUUAUUUUAUUUAACGAAACCAAUUAUUAUAAUAAUAAUAAUAAUAAUAAUUAUCCAAUUUUUUACAAUGGUCUUAAAAUUACAAGUAGUAAUAGAUCCCUUGAUAACACUUGGAUUGACGAAGUUUAUAUUGAUGAAAUUAAAUUAAUUUCAAACAAUAAUAAACACAAUAGUAAUAAAAAUGAUAGAAAAAGAAAUAUUGAUCAAACCAAUGAAAUUUAUGAUAAAAUAAAUAUCAAUAAUAAUAAUUAUAAUAUUAGAAAAUUAUUUAGUAUCUUAGAUGAUAAUAAUAAUAAUAAUAAUAAUAAUAAUAAUAAUAAUAAUAAUAAUAAUAAUAAUGAAAUUAUUAAUAGUUAUAAUACAAUUAAUUCAAGGGCUGAUAUUGCAUUAGGUGGUAAUAGUGAUGAUCAAAGUGACAUUUCAUACUCUAUCAUUUGUAAUAAACAUAUGAAUGAAUUGAAUAAUGAAAUCAAAUGGAGAUUUGAAGAAGGAUCAUCUAGUAGUUUAGUUGAAACAGCUAAUGGGAAUUUAAUAUUGGAAGGUUCAAUUCAUAGUAUUUCAAAACAUCAAGCUGAUUAUAAUUUUAAUUGUAAAACCAAUUGGAAAAUUAGAAUUGAAUUUUCACCAAUUAUCGAUGAUUAUCAAUAUAAUGGCAGAAUGGAAUUGGCAUCAUUUGCAUAUACUAAAAAUGGUGGUCCAAUUGAUACACUUUAUUGGAAAUAUUAUAAAUUUGUAAAUGGUUAUUUAAGUGGUUUAGAUUGUAAUCAAGGUAAAUUAAUUCAAAUUAAUAAUAAUAAUAAUCAUAAUGAAAAUAAUAAUGGAAUUUUACAAAUUGGUAUUGGCGCAAAUAAUAAAAAUGGUAGAUUUGGUUUAUCAGUAUAUGGAUUACAGUUAUCAAUUGAUAAUGACAAUACUUUUAAUAUUAAUGUUGAUUUAAAUAACCAAAAUAACCAUUUAUCUAAUAAUAAUAAUAAAAAUAAUAAUAAUAAUAAUAAUAAUGAAGUUUUAGAAUGUAAUUGUCCAAUUGGAUUUAUUUGUUUAAAUGAUGGAACAUGUAAAUUAAAUUUUCAAAAUGAUGUUGAUGAAGAAUAUAUAGAUUGUUCAACAUUACAAUGUCCAUCAGGGUAUGAAUGUAAACUUGAUAAGAAUUCAAAGACUAGAGGAUGUAUUGAACAGAUUGGCCCACAAAAUCUUAAUCAAACUAAUAAAUGUUUGGGUAAUUUAAAGUGUCCAGAUGGAUUUGGUUGCUGGCAUAAUUCAACUGAUAAUACUUUAAAUUGUAAACAAUAUAAUAAUCAUAAAUUUGAUACAAAUGUCAUCGAUAGUGAAAAACAUAGACAUCAUUGUAGAAAUGUUGAUUGUCCAAAGAGUCAUUACUGUAAAAUUCAAAGAAAUGGUUUACCAAGAUGUUUCCCAAAAGUUAACCCAUGUGAAUUUGUAAGUUGUGAUUGUAAUCUAGAGUGUAGAGUAACAUCAUGUGGUGAUGCUAAAUGUUUUGCACCAGAGGAAUGUUGUGAAGGUAAAGCUUGUAUGGACACUAGAAAUUAUAGAUGCGUAAAGAUUAAUGGCGUUGAUGAAUGUGUUAGAAUCCCACCUUUGAAACCAUUACCACCCCCACCCAUUUUCUAUGAAACACCAUCACCAACAUCUGCACCACCCACUGAAACACCAUCGCCAACUGACACACCAACUGAUAAACCAACUAUACCACCAACACCAACACCAACACCAUCCAAAGAAAUUACAGAUUGUAGUCAAGUAAUUUGUCAAGUUAAUUAUACAUGUUUUGAUAUACAAAAAGGUGUUGGACCAUUUACGCCAGUUUGUAUACCCAUUAAUUAUUGUGACGAGUAUACCACUAGAUUCGAUUUACAAGGUUAUGUUUGGUUGGAUGACAAUGAAAAUGGCUAUAGAGAUGUCAAUGAAAAUGGUGUUGAAACUGAACCAAUUGGCGUAGAGGGUAUCUUUUGUAAUUUGGUAUUCAGUACCGAUCAUUCACCCGCAAGAAAUCAUUAUGGUGAUAUCAUACCAGUAUCAGUUACAAAUUUGGAUGGUUUCUUUAGUUUCAAUGAUGUUGUACCAGGUUCUUAUGUUAUCGAUUUCUAUAAUAUCAAAGGUUAUCAUUGGACUCUACCAUUCAAUAGAUACUUUAAGAAUAGUAAUUGGGUUAAUAGUGAUGGUACUUCUUUACCAUUUGAAUUACCACAAUAUAAUGUUUCAAAUCCAAAUUUCAUAAUUUCACCACAAUCCAAUUUAAUUUCAAAAUCUAUAACUCUACCACAACCAAUAUUUUCAACUAAUGCUAUAGUCACUGUUAAUAAUGAUGGUUUCGAUGAGUUAGGUAGCAGUGGCAGUGGUAGUAGUGGUAAUAGUGGUAGUAGUGGUAGUGGUGGUAGUAGUAAUGAUAGCACAGAAUCUCAAUGGUCAUCAGAAUCAGAAUCAUCAGCAUCUCUAAUUACACCAUCAAAUAUCUGUCAAACUCAUUUCACUGUUUCAAAUAUACUUGCUGGUCUUAUUGUUGGUCCACAACCAACUCCAUCCACUGAUAUACCAACAACAACAACAACAACAACCUCUACAUCAACAACAGGUCCAAUUGAACCAACAUCAACACCAACGCCAAUAGUUGAUGUUAUUGAUUAUUAUGGUAUUGGUAAACAGGUAUUCAUCGAUUUCAAUAAUAAUGGUAUAUUUGAUAGUGGUAUUGAUAGACCAGUAUCGGGUGUUGAAAUUACAUUAAUUCAAAAAGGUUUCAGAGCAUACAAUCAUAAGGGUGAUAAAGUACCAACAAUAAAAACCGAUACCAAUGGUUUUUACUUUUUCGAUGCUCUUGCACCUGGUGUAUAUAGAGUUUCAUUGAAUAAUUUACCACCACAUGGUUAUACCAAUUCAUUGUUAAACAAAUAUCCAAUUGAUACAAGUUCAAAUACAAGUGCUCAAUUCAUAGUUUAUUAUCGUGUGAAAGAUAAUAUAAAAUAUAAUGCUUCCGAUUAUCCAUUGGCAUCAAGUAAUAUUAAACCAAAGCUUGCACAAUAUAUUAAUUCAUAUGUCGAUUUUGCUUUAGUACCUAUUAAUCCACCGAUUGCAGUUGGUGAUACCGUUUACUUUGAUUCAAAUCAAAAUGGUAAACAAGAUCCAUUUGAAAAAGGUAUCAAAGGUAUUCAAGUCACUCUAAAAGAUUUAAAGAAUGGUUAUGAAUAUAAAACCAUCACAGAUGAUAAUGGUAAAUAUUUAUUCGAUCAAAUGAUUGAAAGUGAUAAUUAUCAAUUACAAUUCUCUGUACCAAAUGGAUUCCAAGUUGUCGAUCAUCCAAAUUCAAUAAAGAAUGGAGUUUACACAAUGGAUACAUUUCAAUUAUCUUCAAGUACCACUCCACCAACUAAUGCUUCAUUAACAAAGGGUGUAGUUGGUAACAAGAAAGUUAAUUCCGCUUAUUUCGACGAUUCAAAAGAUGUACCAUUGUAUUUCGAAAAUUCUUAUGCAAUUGGCCAUCAAGCUUUUAUCGAUACAAAUUUAGAUGGAUUGUAUAAAAAUGACCUUGAUAAACCAUUACCUGGCGUUGAAGUUACUUUGGUUAAUGCCGCUUCACCAUCAACUCCAAUUACAAAUAUCUUAGGUCAAAUUGUUAGAACUGUUAUCACUGAUGCAAAGGGUUUUUAUCAAUUUGAUUUCUUAAAGCCAAAUAACUACAUUGUUCAAUUUAAACCACCCACUGGGUUCAAAGUUACAAAGCCACCACCAAACACUGCAACCUAUCCAGAAUUAGGUUCAUUAAUAGAUACAAAAUCAUUUAAAACACCAUCAUUAGAUAUUGUUACCUUAUCGAAACCAAAGAAUAUAGAAUACAUUCGUCUUAAUGUUCAAGCUUCAAAUAUUUUCGAAAGUGUAAAUGCAGGUUUCUAUAUUCCACCAACAUUUUCAAUUGGUCAUAGAGUUUGGUAUGAUACAAAUGCUGAUGGUAUUAUGGAUCCAACUGAAGAGGGUGUACCUGGUAUUGUAGUUUCACUAUAUACUGAUAAGAGUGAACCCGCUUAUGAUAUCAAUGAUAAUCUCAUCAUUCCAACGAUAACAGACUCUAAAGGUUUUUAUUUAUUAACCAAAAUUCCAACAGGUAAUUACUUCAUUUCAUUUAGUAAUCUACCAAAAGGUUACACUUGGACCAAACAAAAUGUUCUCACACUUGAUUCAGUUGGUUAUGAUUCACGUCCAAAUGUUUUCACAGGAUAUACCUCUUUGUUUGAAAUGUCAACAACAAGUCAAUUGGUUAGAACUACUGUUCCUUCUGACAACUCACCAGAUUUCUAUAUAAAUCCAAUCGAAAAUGCUGGUAUCAUCAAGGGUAAUAGAGGUCUGGUUAUUAAAUACGCAGUUGGUAGAUACAUAUUUUAUGACGAUAAUAGAAAUGGAAUUUUAGAUGAUUAUGAAAACGGUGUUGGAGGUGUCAUUGUUCAAAUAUUCACUUCAGCUGGUAAACCUGCUCUUGAUUUUAAUGGCAAGGUUAUUCCACCCGCUGUAACCGAUUCAACAGGUCGUUAUAUCAUUGAUAAUUUAUCACAAGGCGAUUAUAUCAUUCAAUUUUCAAAUAUUCCAAAUGGUUAUAACUUUGAAAAUUUACCACCACCUUAUCCAAAUUAUCUCAAUGGUAGAAUUGGUACAUUUACUCUUUCGCCAUCAUCCUCUAUCAAUACAACAAAUGUUAUUAAAAAAUUCAAUCCUCCAAAACCUAAUGGAGGUAAAAAAGUUUCAUUCAGUCAUAGUAUCAAUCAAAAAUCUAGGAAAUUAUUAAAUGAUGGAAUAAUUGGACAAGACACAUCUGUUGAUUUAUCAAAUGUUAUAGCUGGAGGUAGUACUGUCGAUGGUGUUGACAUUCCAAAUGUUAUAGCUGGUGGUAGUACUGUCGAUGGUGGUACUAGUGUUAAUGGUGGUACUGGUAGUACUUCAACAACAACAGUUUCAUCAUCACCAUCAUCAUCAUCUGAUAUUGGUAGUAGUAGUGAUAUCAGUAGUGAAGUAUCAUCAUCGUUAUCAUCAUCGCCAUCAUCAUCAGAACAACCAUCAGAGCAAUCAUCAUCAUCAUCAGAACAACCACCAGAAGAUUCAAUGGAAGAAUAUCCAGUUCAUUAUUAUGAACCUGUAUUUGAGACAACACCAGGUAGUUAUCCAUUGGAUAGUAUUAAAGCAGAAAGAACAGAUUUAACAAGAAAUGCAGCAAUUGUAAGAGCAGCACCAUAUGCAUUUGGUCAAAAAGUAUUUUUCAUUGAUAAUAAUGGCAAUGAAGUUGGUGUACCAGAUGUAACGGUAACAUUAGUUAAUUCAAAUGGUUUCCCAGUGACAAGUAUUAAUGGUGUAAAUAUGGUACCAACAAAGACAGAUUCAAAGGGUUCAUACCGUUUCAAUUUAUUACGUGCUGGUUCUUAUCAUGUUGAAUUUUCAAAUAUUCCAAUUGGUUUUUCAUUCUUUGACCCAUUAUCAGGUAAAAUCGAUUUCAAUCUUGUAAACACUGAUCCAAAUGUACGUGGUGCAAUACCAGCCGAUAAAGUACCAAAAGCAACCUAUUAUGAUCAACAUGUUAAUCUUCAAUUGAAUCCACCAUUUAUCUUUGCAAUUGGUACCCGUGUUUGGAAUGAUACAAAUAAGAAUGGUCUCUAUGAAAUUGCUGAACCUGUUUUCCCAAAUAUUACAGUUAGACUAUUUGAUCAAAAUUUACAACCAGUACUAGAUAAUUUUAACAUUCAAGUGGAGCCAACUGUAACCAAUGCAUUGGGUCAAUAUUAUUUCGAUAAUUUACAUAGUGGUUCAUAUAUUGUCAAAUUCGAAGUACCAACUCGUUAUUAUUUCGCACCACAAUUGAAAUCAAUUGAAAAUUCCAAUGGAGUUGGUGUCAAUUCAAAACCAAAUAGUCAAGGUUAUACAAGUGUUAUUUCACUCUCACCAGAUUCAUUGGUUGAAGCUCCACCAUCAGAUUUUAAUUUCACCAUUAGAUCUUUAGUAGGUAAUUUCCAUAUUGAUGCUGGUUUAAUUUAUGAUGAAAAUUAUGUCAAGUCAUAUGCGGUUGGUAGAUAUGUAUUCUAUGAUCUCAAUGAUAAUGGUAUUAUGGAUAGUGGUGAAAUGGGUGUACCAAAUGUUACCGUUGAAAUAUUUAAUCCAACUGGUCAACAAGUUUACAAUAUCAAUGAAUUACUAAUUGGAUCAACAACCACAGAUUCCAAUGGUUAUUACCUUUUCGAUGAAAUUCAACCUGGUAGUUAUAUCAUAAAGUUUAGUAAUAUACCAAAUGAUUUAAUGUUUGGAAAUAAAACAAAACCAAAUUCAAAUACUGGCCUAACUGAACCAUUCUUAUUAUUCCCAAAAGAACCUGCUAUCAGACUUGUAAAUAGUACCACUGAUGUUGGUGUAAAAGCUCAAGCAGUCGAUUUCACAGAGAAUGCAGGUUUAAUUAAAAAGGUAACAUUUGCGAUUGGUCAUUAUGUUUGGUAUGAUAUAAAUUCAAAUGGUCUUCAAGAUUAUCCAAAUGAACCGCCAGCAUAUGGAGUUCCACUUAGAUUACUUAAAUGCAAUUUGAUUGGUAUAACUUAUGAUACUUGUUUCACAGUGAUAAAUACAACUACAACCGAUCAAAAUGGUCUUUACUAUUUUGAUAAUUUAUCACCCGGUUUAUAUAAACUAUUAUUUAUGAAUCAACAAGGCAUUUUCGAAACUACAACUCCUUUCGCUGGUAAUGGUACAAAUGAUAGUAAAGCAAUCGAUGAAGCUAUCACUGGAAUUAGAUUAUCAAUAUAUACAAAGAAUGUAACGAAAACAGAUUCAAAUCUUGACCCAAUGAUAAAGGCACCCUUCAUUGAUAGAACAUUGAAUGUUGGUAUUCUAAAACCACCAAUGUUUAGUAUUGGUCAUAAAGUUUGGUAUGAUACCAAUAAAAAUGGUAAAAUCGAUCUAAAAGAACAACCAGCACCAAAUGUAACCAUUUAUCUCAAACGUGCAAAAGAGGUCAACUUUGAAUAUUCCUUUGAUCUCUAUGGUAAACCUAUGAUCGCUAAAACAAAUGAAACAGGUGAUUAUUGGAUCAAUAAUAUUCCACCAGGUCUUUACAUUGCAAAAUUCUUUCCACCAAAUGAUACAAGAUUCACCAUUCAAAUGAAUGAUAAUAGUGCAAAUGUUUUCGGUUCUUCAUAUGCAAUCUAUUUGUUCUAUAAAGUUCCAGGUAUUCAUCCAUACAAUUUAAAAGUUGAUAUUGGUGCGGUGAAUGCAAGUUAUGUUUACUCAAAAGUUAAUGCAGGUUUAUUAAAAGGUUUAGUUGAUAUUCGUCUUUAUGCAGUUAGUGGUUAUGUUUACAACGAUACCAAUUCCAAUGGUAUUAGAGAUCCCGGUGAAAAUGGUGUUAAUGGUACAAUUGUAACAUUAUUGGAUAUAAAUGGUAAUACAAUGGUUGAUGCUGAUUCUUAUCCAAUUAAUUCAUAUACAACGGGUCCUGAUGGAUACUAUAAAUUCGAUGAUUUCUCAUUUGGUAAAUAUAUUAUAACAUUUAGCGGUGUACCAGAUUUAAUCUAUCAAUUCUAUAAACCAGAUGAUCAACAACAUUUAAAUCAUUCCACACUUUCAAAUAUAACAAUUUGGUCACCAGAUAAUCCAAUGGUUGUAAAUGCAACACUCAGUGAUCAUGUCAACGCUCAAUAUAUUCUUAGAGAACAAAAUAAAGGUAUUAUUAGAGUGAUCACUUAUGCAAUUGGAGGUAAGGUUAUACCAGAUUUUAAAAACACAACAUAUAAGGAUAGUGGUUACGCGGGUGGUGCUGUUAUAGUUCAAUUAUACCGUAACAAUUCAAUAGCAACAGAUCUUCGUGGUAAUCCAAUACCAUCGGUAUUGACCAAUGUAUUGACUGGUGAAUAUCUUUUCGAUAAUGUACCAAUCUUAGAGGGUUAUCAAGUAAUGUUUUCAAGUCCACCACCAGGUUGGAUUUUUGAAAAGUAUAGAAUCACUCAAACCCCAUUCAUUCAACUUGAUCUUUUACCAUCAUUCAAUUUACCAAAAUCAAAUCCAAAAUUAAUAGAUAAGAAACUUUAUCCAAAUAUCUUUGCAACCUAUGGUGUAUUGGAUCAAGAUACUAUUAUCUCACCCACUCUUUUUGGAAUUGGUAAGAAUACAUUCAUUGAUGUUGAAAAUAGUGGUCUCGAAUCAAUACCUUUAAUUCCAUUAGGGGGUGUAGUUGUAACACUUUACAAUAGUGUAUUCGAAAGAGUAUUUGAUGCAUUUGGUAAUUUGGUUAAAGAGAAAACCACGGGUGAAGAUGGUGAAUAUUCUUUUGAAGACCUUUACUCUGGUCAAUAUAUUGUUCAUUUUGGUUUAGUUGAAGGUUAUUCAUUCACUCAACAGUAUGCUGGAACAGAUCCUGAAAUUGAUUCGAAUGCAAGUCCUGUAGAUGGUUAUUCAGAAAUCAUUCAAUUAGAUUCAAUGAAUAAUGAAUUGAUUUUAAUACCAUUGGAAUCUAGAAACAACACAUUAUUCUGUGAUCCAACAAUUGAUGGUGGUUAUGUUUCACUCUCACCUCAAGGUUUCAUUAGUGGUAUGACAUAUAUUGAUUAUAAUGCUGAUGGUGUAUUCACACCAAAUUCACGUGAUAAACCAUAUCCAAAUAUUACGGUUUCAAUCUACACUGGUGAUGAUAGUAGAUUAGUUGCAACCGCUCAAACUGAUAAGAAAGGUUUUUACUCAUUCUCACAUUUAUUCAUAUCCACUCAAUAUCAAGUUGUUUUCUCAGGUAUUCCUCAAGGUUAUUAUACAUCAUUCCAAGCUGAUACUGUACAAUUCCCAAUCGCAACAAAGACUGGUGUAAAUUUAGGUAUCAUUAAACCAUUGGAAUAUUGUCAAGAUGAUAUUAAAAUAAUUACAACUUGUUUUGUUCGUGGUGAUUCAAAUGAUGAUUUACCAGCUGUCGUUCAAUUCCCUUAUACUGCUUAUUCCGAUUUGAAUGGUGAUAAUGGACAAAAAGUUGAUCUAGUAACAAUGAGUGAAACUAAAACAGUUUAUGGUCUUGGAUAUGAUCGUAAAGAGAAUACAAUCUAUCUUUCGCCAUAUAAAAAGCAAUUUUCUAGUUUAAAUUCAAAAACUUCAUCAACUAUCUUUAAGAAAUCAUUAUCAACAGGUGCCCUAUCAGCUUAUGUAAAUUUAGCAACAGUUUUAGGUUUUGACUUUUUAGCUCCAAAUGGUAAAGUUUAUGGUGAUUCUCAAACCUAUCGUGUAUUAUUUGGUGAUUUGGAUAUUAUUGGUGAUUAUAUUUGGGUUACAAAUCUUUAUAGAAACAUUGUAGUUAAAAUACCAUUACGUCAAACUCCAACUAGAGAAAACAUUAAAUUAGUAAACAUCACUCAUAAUUGUGGUCCAGAUCCAUUUAGAAUCUUUGGUUUAGGUUAUAAUGGUUCCAAUGUAUUCGUUGGUGGUGUUUGUGAAGGUUCAGUUUCGAAGGAUAUAAGAAAUGUAAUUGGUGUAAUUAAAGUGAUUAGCUCUGAUGAAACUUCAUUCUCUGAUGUUUUAACAAUUCCAAUGAAUUAUCCACGUGGUCGUUUACAAACUAGAAUCAUGUUUUUAAAUGAUAUGACACCCAUUUUCUCAUCGGUUCAAAAUUCAACAUGGCAAGUUUGGAAUGAUACAGUGGGUAGUUUUAAACCUCAACCACAGAUAACCGAUAUUACAUUCAUUGGCGAUGGUGGUAAUAUGGUAAUAUCAAUGAAAGAUCGUGAAGCUGAUAGUCAAAGUGUUACGCCUGCAGGUGAUAUAUUAAUGGCAUGUAAAGAUUCAAAUGGUGUUUAUCAAUUGGAGAGUGCUGGUGUUUGUGGUGGGUUAAUUGGUACAAAUCCAAUUUCAAUUGGUACAAUGAUUGAACAAGGACCAGGUGGUGGUGAAUUUUUCGAUGACAAUUUUAGUGAUCGUGAUUGGCAACAUGAUGAAACCACUUGGGGUUCUUCAUAUUAUUUACCAGGUAGUGGUGAAGUCAUUGGUGGAGCAUACGAUCUUUUAUCAACCAAUGAAGCAAUUGUAAAACAUUGGUCAGUCUAUAAUGGUCGUGUUUUAUAUGGUUUCAUUUUAAUUCAUGGUGCUGGUUUAGAUUAUGUUUUCAAUAAAGUUAAUGGUUUAGGUGAUAUGGAUGCAAAUUGUAGAUUACCAAAUACUUAUAUUGGCAAUUACGUUUGGUAUGAUCUAAAUAAAAAUGGUCUUCAAGAUCCAAAUGAAAAAGGAAUGGCAAAUAUUACUGUUCAAUUAUUUAGUGCCGCUAAUUCAACAUUCAUUAAUUCAACUCUAACCGAUUCCUCUGGUAAUUACAAUUUCCAAGUCAUUUCAGAGUUUAAAUAUAGAGUUCAUUUCGUUGCUCCAAAAGGUUUCACUUAUUCUCCUAUCGUUACUGUUAGUAGUGAUCCUAAUGAUAAAAGAGAUUUGGAAAAAAUCAAUAGUUUACCUGAUUCAAAAGGUGACGCAUAUUUCUUUGCUAAUGGUAAUGGUGAAAAUACUCAAGAUAUUGAUUGUGGUUUUAUAAGAAUUUAA